AUGUCCACUGAAGAAGAAGCUCUCUUAUCCGCAUUUCAAAGUAACAUCUCCAUUAUCUAUUCGCUCGUUUGGCUUACUAGUCGGACUGAUGCCAUGGAUGAGUACAAUCAUCUCAAUAGAAGUCUUCAAGAUCUUAUCAAUGAUUCUCGAAUCUUCCAAGAAUUCAAUCAAUGUGAAGUGUAUCUUCAUUCCAGUUCGGCCGAUAGUCGAAUAAUCCUGAUCAUUCAAGAAAGUUUCAGUGACUUCUUCAUGUCUCACAUACAUCAUCUUCGUCAAGUGUUUACUAUUUAUAUUUAUCAGGAAAUUAGAAAAGAUCAUUGCAUAAAAAAGUAUCAAAAAAUAAUUGGUGUUUAUGAACAAUUAGACGAACUAAUUAAGCAAAUUAGAAAAGAUCGCGAACGACGACGAAUCGACGAUAUUGAAGAACCAUUGUCGAUCAAUUUUUUCAAUCAUGAUUCAACCAAUGAGAAAUCCAUAAUGGAAUUGAAUGGUGAAUUCCUUCAAACUCAGCUGUUAAUCGAUUGUCUCGGUCGAAUGCAAGUUACCGAUGAUGACAAAGAUAAGCUCAUAGUGUUGUGUAAAAAGCUCUACAAAGGCAAUUGCUGUGAGCAAGAGAAAAUUUCAGAAUUUCAAAAAACUUAUACAGCUGACCAGGCGAUCGAAUGGUAUUCGAGAAAUUCAUUUGUUUAUCGUGUGUUAAACAAAGCUCUUCGUGUACAAAAUAUUGAUCUAUUGCUUCUGUUUCGUUUCUUUAUUUGUGAUAUUGAAAAACAAUUGAAAGAUAAUCAAUAUUCAUCACCAGUGACCGUUUAUCGUGGCCAAGUUCUGUCGAAAACAGAAAUGAAUUUAUUCGAAAAAUCAACAAAUCAAUUUCUUUCCGUGACUUCAUUUUUCUCAACUACUCUCGAUCCAGCAGUUGCUCUUAGUUACAUUGAUGUAAACAAAAGCGAAGAUGAUGAAUUACAAGGUGUUCUAUUGGAAAUCCACGCUACUCCGUCCGAAAAUCAAUCGAAACCGUUCGCCGAUAUCUCAUCAAUGAGUUAUUUCAAUGACGAAAAAGAAGUUCUAUUCAUGUUAGGUUCGAUUUUUCGAAUAAAUGGUGUGAAUAGUAGUGAAACACCGAAACGAAUUCACAUGACUCUUUGUAAUGAUGAGAAUCAACAUUUCGAUUUACUCUUCGAUUUUAUGAAGAAGAAAAACUGUACGGCGAAGGCACGAGAAGUUAAUUUUGGUCGUGUAUUGAUCGGUAUGGCGAAAUUCAAUGCAGCAGAAAAUCAUUUUAAGUGUUUAGUCAAAACCUUUUCGUCUGUUCAUCCGGAUAUUUUUCAUUGUUAUCAAGGUUUAGGCAAAAUCUUGUGUGAAAAAUGUGAUUUCGAGGAGAGUCUUCGAUAUUUUCAAAUGGCACUUGAGAUUCUGUACAAAAAACCGAAGUCCAAACAAAUUCAAAUUGCUUAUGUUCAUAACAAUAUUGGUGAAGUAUAUCACAAGAAAGGUGAUGCUGAUCAAGCAUUGGUAUCGUACGAACAAGCCUUGACAAUUUUCCGUACACAUCUCGGCGAGAGAAAUGAAAAUGUCGCUUGGUGUUUCAAUAAUAUCGGUAUCGUUUAUUUCAUGAUGAAGGACUAUCCGAAAGCACUUGAAAAUCUUGAAAAAGCAUUUGAACUUAAAAGCGAAUUACUUCCACCAAAACAUCCAUGUUUUGGUAAUACUUAUGUCAAUCUUGCGAAUGUUUACUAUGAUUGUCGCGAUUACGAUCGAGCAUUAGGUAACUAUGAAGAGGCGUAUGAAAUUUUCCAAACAUCACUCACGCCGCAACAUCCGUCGAUUGCUCGAGUGCAGAAAAAUAUCGGUGGUGUCUAUGAGAUGAAUGAUGAUUUGAGCAAAGCGAACGAAUUUUAUCAUAAAGCAUUAAAUGUCCGAGAAAAGGUUUUGCAUUCUACUCAUCCCGAUUUAUUGGAGAUCAAACAAGAUAUACGACGUAUUUCAUUGAAAAUCUUAGCCGUAUCUUAG